AUGCAGCAUUCGCAGCUUGCUCCGCUCCCAAACGAUGUGCCGUUUCGCAUCGUGUCCAAGACCAUUGGCCAAGGUGCCUAUGCGUGCAUCAAGAAAGCAUGCCCGCUCGAUUCGGAUAACCCCGUCUUCGCAGUCAAGUACAUUCACAAGGAUUACGCCGCACGCCACGGGAAGAUCAGUGCAAGACAACUACAGUUGGAAGUGACGGUUCACAAACAUGUCUCCGGCCAUGGGAAUAUUAUCAACUUCUAUCAGACAGGCGAAGACAGCGUGUGGCGUUGGAUUGCGAUGGAGUUGGCCGAAGGCGGGGAUCUCUUCGAUAAGAUCGAGGCCGACGAGGGCGUUGGCGAGGACAUCGCCCACGUCUAUUUCUCGCAGCUCGUCAGUGCGGUGAGCUUCAUGCACUCCAAGGGAGUAGGGCACCGCGACAUUAAGCCCGAGAACAUGCUGUUGACGGGAGACGGCAACCUGAAGAUUGCGGACUUUGGGUUGGCUGCGCUGUUCGAGUACAAAGGGACGCGCAAACUCUCCACUACAUUUUGUGGGAGUCCUCCGUACAUUGCGCCUGAGGUGAUUACUUGCAGUACUCGGGGCCAGAACAAGGGAGCUGGGUAUCAUCCUGAUUUGGUUGACAUUUGGUCUUGUGGGAUUGUCCUGUUCGUUCUCUUGGCGGGCAAUACACCUUGGGACAGUCCCACGGACGAUAGCUUCGAGUAUCACGAGUAUGUAGCGACAAAUGCACGAACAACAGACGAGCUUUGGCAGAAGUUACCAUCCGCCACACUAUCACUACUGCGAGGCAUGCUGACAGUUGACCCUAAAAGUCGAUUCUCGCUGGAGGAUGUGCGAAGACAUCCUUGGUAUACACGUGCGAACAAGUUCCUUUCUGCCGAUGGCAAACUAAGGGACCCCAUCAAUCUUGCUACGUCCAUGUUCGAGUCGCUUCACAUUGACUUCAGCCAGGAUCCUCUUUCCCAACCGCGGAAGGGCGCUAGUCGCAGCUUUGACCAGAUGGAUAUGGAUAUGGAUGACGGUGUAAAUGCGGGAGGAUUGUCCUCAACGCAGCCGGAGAUGCUAGGAGGUGGUAUGCUGAUGGACUGGGACAAUCCCCAGGAGCCCGAUGUCUUCUCUUCAACCCAGCCUGCCGGGAAACAGUUCGCUUCGCAAGAUGCAGCCAUGGCCGGCCAUCUUGAGGACGAGCCUUCCAUGUCUCAAUUCUCACAGCAACCUUCAGUGCCAGUGAGUCGCACUCAAAAUGCACAGAAGUUCCAGGAUAUUGUCCCCUCGCGCCCAAUGACCCGGUUCUACUCUGCAUGGGAGCUCAAACUUCUCGUACCUCUCAUCUGUGAAGCACUUCAUCGUCUCGGAGUCCCCGUUCCGAGUAUUCCUGCUGUUACUGCUGGGGACUGUUCUGCCAUGAUCCGGGUGAUUGCCAAGGAUGGCAGGAUGUGUCCGCUGCAGGGUAAGGUGCUCAUUGAGUGUGUCUCAGAGGGCCUGUUCGAGGUCGAAUUCAUCAAAAUUAAGGGUGAUCCUCUUGAAUGGCGACGCUUCUUCAAAAAAGUGGCCAUUCUCUGCAAAGAAGCUGUCUUCCGGCCCGAUGAGUGA